AUGCGCAGCGCACACACACUGCAGUCGUUCCAUCCAGGCCAUGAACAAGCUCAAGAAGAAGGCGCUCAUGAACAGGAAGACCCCUCACGCCAUUUGCACACCACACACACGCUGCACACGUUCCAGGCCACGAAGAAGCUCAAGUUGAGGUGGUUCCAGGUCGUAGCGGACCAGCUAUCCUCGGCAGAGGAGAUGCAGGGGCUGCAGGAGGUCAUCGCCGACCAGCUAUCCUCGGCAGAGGAGAUGCAAGGGCUACAGGAGGUGUUCAAGAUCAUAGAUGAGAACGGGGACGGCACGCUCACCCUCGAGGAGCUCCGCAACGGCCUCCGCCGCAUCGGUUCGCCGCUCUCCGACGCUGAAGUGCAGGCACUCAUGGACGCGGCGGACAUCGACGGCAACGGGGAGAUUGACUACAGUGAGUUUGUGGCGGCAACGAUGCAUCUGCAGCGCGUGGACAACGAGAAGAACCUGCAGGCGGCGUUUGACUUCUUUGACUCGGACCGCAGCGGGUUCAUUGACAUCGAGGAGCUGGCGGAUGCAUUGGGCGCGGACUUGACGUCACUCAAGGAAAUCCUUGCGGAAGUGGACACCAACAAUGACGGCAAGAUCAGCUUUGACGAGUUCAAGGUGAUGAUGCGCAAGGGCACGGACCUCAGGGGCAGUCUGCGCCACUUCUCUAAGAGCCGCUCCUCACUGCGAGCCCUGCUCAAGCUCAGUGGUCGGGGGAUACGCGAUGGCCCGAUCUGUGAUAAACGAUCGGCAGAGGGCGGCGCUGUGCGGGGAUAUGCGGUGCUGUGCGGUGACGAGGCCGCGGUAGAGGCAGCGGAGAGGGAUGAGGCGGAAGAGGAGAGGUGGAAGGAACUGGCGGAGGACGUGGGGGCGGGCGAAGGCGAAGGGGAAGGGGAAGGGGAAGGGGAAGGGGAAAAUCCACUUCCCUCUGUGUUUGAAGGGCCGCAAUUGCCGCAUUCGGACGGGCUGAUUACCAAUACAAUAGUACAGGACCGGCGAUACAGACCAGACGAACAACAACAGGAAGAGGAAGUGGGGGACCAGGAUCAAGAGGAGGAGGAGGAGGAAAGCAGGAAGAAGCGAGAGCUGUGGGAGGAAGCAGGGCCUUAUGAUAGCGGGAUAUAUGGUCCCUGGUAUUCCCACAGGCCGUCCGGGCACCAGCAGUGGCAGCAGCAGGUGCAGCUGCGCGCGCAGAAACACGCACGGACUGCGAGCCUUCAGUUCAAGCAGCAGCAGCAAGGAGUGCAGCAGUGGGGGGCGCAGGGGGGGAAGCAGCAGAAGCCGGGAGAGGCGCCGGAGUGGGCAAAGCGGGAGCAGCAGCGGUGGGAGCGGGACCAACGGCCGCAGACGGCGGAGGAGAUUGCGAUGCAGGAGGAGCACUGGCGGCAGCAGCAAGGGCUAGUUAAGACCAGGCUGCGGCAGUGGCGGCAGCAGGCGAAGCGGAUGAAUCAAGUGACUAAAGCCAAGGAGGCGGUGUGGGCGGCAGAGGCGAGGAGAAGAUGGGCGGCAGCGGCGCAGGGGCGGGAGAGGGCGGAAGGGACGGCAGGGACGGCAGGGCGGUUUUCUGUGAUGACAGAAGACGACAUGGAUGACAUGAUGCCGGGCGGCACACUCUCCUGGCAGCGCCUGAAAGCCACCGCCACUGCCGCCCACCCCAGCACUCCCAACAAUCUCAAGGCCACCAUCGCCUCCGUCAAUCCCAAGGGAGCCGUCACUCCCAAGGGGGCAGCAAAGCCAUGCUCCCCGCGGCACAGCAGCCCGGUGAUCAAAGUCUACUCAGUGUCCGACAUCGCUAAGCGCACGCGAUACCCUCCCCGGCAGACCGUCACGCUCGUGCUCUACCGCUCGCUCUCCCUCUCCCGCGGGCUCCUCUUCGGGACCAACUUCUCCUGCACCAUCUUCCGGUCCCGCUCCCUGCCCUCGCGCCACUCCAUCUCCCUCUCGCGCUCCGAUGAGCCCGUGCUAAGAGUGCACAACGCCAGCAACGUCCUGUUCAUCGGCAUCGGGCUGCGCAGCGCCGUGCGCAACUCCUCGCCCUUCUGCGAGAUGCUGCCCGAAUACGGCAGCCUGAUGGGCUUUGAAAUCAUCUGCCCGGCGCUCCACAUCUACCGCUCGUUCGGGAUUCAAUUUACCCAGGCUUCCGUGAUCGGCCGAAUCGACGUCUUCCGAUCGGGUUACACCAAGCUGGACUCACUCUUUGUAACCGCCCCUGGGACGUACGAGAGGUCACCGGGAGUGAUCCGCAUGGGCAUGUGCGGGCUGGGCAUGACUCUGGUAUCAUCCAAGAAUGUGAUCACCAAUAAUGAUGUCUUUGGCGCGUGGGAGCUGAUUAACCUCUACCGCGGGUCGAUCGGCGUGAAGGUUCAUAAUAAUUUCCUCCAUGAUUACCUCUUUGCGGGGUUCCGGUGCGGCGCUGACGUGCACUACUCGUGGGACUGCAUGCUGACGUCAGUGAAGAACAACUUUGUCUUCACGCCUCAGUCCAAGGGCCGCCUGACGUUUGACUCGGCCGGGAUUUAUUUCUGCACUCACUGGUUCAACCCUGGCAGCACAGUGGCCUGCAAUUAUGUGAUAGGCGGGGACCACUGCUAUUACCUGGACUACUGCACAUCAGGAGUGGACAUCACAGGGGGCGUGUGUGCGCAGCUGUGGGACGGAGUGAAGCUGAACAACGGCAAGCGCAACAAGAUCCGCAGCCUGCUCAUGGUCAGCCUGGGGCAGAGCCCGGGCUAUAUUACCUGCCUGACAGUCACAAUCAACCAUUGUGGGAAGGACCCUGGGACCUAUUGGGAGAGGAUGCGCAAGCGCUACUACAACUCCCCGGAGAUCAAUAAGCUAUGGCCGUGGAUGAAGCAUGUGUGCAGGCAGGCAGACACGCAUCGCUCUCACUUCCCGCCUCUUGCCACCUGCCUCUCCAGUUCCUCACUUCCAUCCAGCCUCACCUCUCCCUUGUUCCCCCAUCUCUCCCCUCAUUUCUUCCACCCACCAGCUAUGGCCGUGGAUGAAGCAUGUGUGCAGGCAGGCAGACACGCAUCGCUCUCACUUCCCGCCUCUUGCCACCUGCCUCUCCAGUUCCUCACUUCCAUCCAGCCUCACCUCUCCCUUGUUCCCCCAUCUCUCCCCUCAUUUCUUCCACCCACCAGCUAUGGCCGUGGAUGA